UUUUUUUUCUUUUUUUUUUUUUUUUCCUUUCUUUCUUUCUUUCUUCAACUGAUGAAAAAGCAACCACCUCCGGAUUCUACUACCGAACCACCGAUACAAAAUGAAAAGCAAAUAUUAUCACCUACUACCUUAUUAUCUGAACCCAAUUGGUCUUUAAUGGACGAUUUUAUAGGACAAGACGAUACCGAUCUCUUUCAAGAAGCUCUCAUACCUCCAGAAAACUUUAAUAUGGUCUGUCAACAUGUCUAUCGUAGUUCCUUUCCCAAGAAAAAACAUUUUCGUUUUUUAGAAAAGUUAAAACUUAAAAGUAUAUUGUAAGUAUAGCAAUAAAGAAAAAAAAAAAAGGUAAACCACUCACUUUUUUUUUGUUUAGAACCCUUAUUCUUGAAGAUUAU